AGGAAGGUAGUUGCUGUCGCUAGACUCUUCUUCGCGCGACGGGUCGUCGGAGGAGGGGAAAUGAGUCUGGAGGAGGGGAGGAUGGCGAGUCAGCCAGCUGACGCCCCCUCCCCCCACCGGGCGUGCGGGGUCCCAGCUGCUCCCGGGGAUCGCCCCGCAGUCGGGCGGCAGUCGCGGCCACGUGACGUCUUGCUCCGUGGUGGUCGCCGAGCCGGCGGAGCGGAGCGCGCGAGUAGGGACGGCCCUGUCGCCGUCAGCCGAGCGCGCAGUCUCCGAGCCACAGGCCGCGCCGCAGCCAUGCCGACUUCGACGGGCUGCGCGGUCGCGCCCAGCUACGUGUCCACGGAGCGGCCGGACGAGCUCAAGACCCCGACCCCGGCCACGACGACGACGACCCUCGCCGCCGGCCCGCCGCCCUGCCGCGUCUACCGCCGCCGCUGGCUCAUCCUCGCCAUCUUCAUCGCCUACUCCAUGUCCAACGCCGUGCAGUGGGUGCAGUUCUCCAUCAUCUCGAACGUGGUGGUCGGCUACUACGGCGUCGACAGCUUCCUCGUCGACCUCACCUCCAUGAUCUACAUGAUCACCUACAUCCCGCUCGUGUUCCCCGCGUCGUGGAUGCUCGACAAGGUGGGCCUGCGCACCACCGCCAUCAUCGGCAUCGCGGGCACGGCGGCGGGCUCGUGGGUGAAGGUGGGCGCCGUCUCGCCGGACCGCUUCUACGUCGCCUUCGUGGGCCAGACGAUCGUCGCCGUGUCGCAGACCUGCAUCAUCAGCCUGCCGUCGAGACUGGCCGCCGUGUGGUUCGGUCCCGACCAGGUGUCCACCGCCUGCUCGCUGGGCGUCUUCGGCAACCAGCUCGGGGUCGCGCUGGGCUUCCUGCUGCCGCCCUACAUCGUGCGCAACACCGGCGACCCGGACCUCGUCGGCAGCAGCCUCGCCAUCAUGUUCUACUCCAUGGCCGCGUUCACGACGCUGCUCCUGGUCGUCAUCGUGCUGUUUUUCCAAGCUGCUCCGCCGCUACCACCAAGUCCAGCUCAGGCGAUCCAGAAAGAAUCCAAGACCAAUGACUUUUUCGGAUCAAUCAAGCGGUUGCUCCUGAACCGAGGCUACGUGCUGCUGCUGCUCUCGUACGGGAUCAACAUCGGCGUGUUCUACGCCAUAUCCACCCUCCUCAACACUCUCGUGCUCACUCAUUACAAAAACGCCGAGGAAGACGCCGGGCGAAUAGGCCUCACGCUGACCGUUGCGGGUAUGGCGGGCUCGGCCAUCUGCGGCUUCGUGCUCGACAAGACUCGCCGGUUCAAAGAAACCACCUUAGUCGUCUAUGCAUGCUCGCUUGUCGGCAUGGUGAUCUUCACUUUCACCAUCGACUGUGGGAUCAUCGAGAUUGUUUACCUCACUGCAUUUGUGCUCGGGUUCUUCAUGACCGGCUACCUGCCCGUGGGGUUCGAGCUGGCCGCGGAGCUGACCUAUCCCGAGCCCGAGGGGACGUCGGCGGGCAUCCUCAAUGCCGUCGUCCAGGUGUUUGGCAUCGUGCUCACCAUGGCGUACGGCCACCUGCUCAAGGUCAUCAACGACAUCUGGGCCAACAGCAUCCUGUUCAGCGUGCUGGCCGUCGGGCUGCUGCUCACGUUCCUCAUCAAGUCGGACCUGCGGCGGCAGGCGGCGACCAGUCACGCCGCGGCCGUCCACGUGGCCCAGGUCGUGGCCGCAGCUUAGCCGCAGCCCCUCACGCACCUCUUCUACCGCAAUGUCGUUCCUAUUCCCCCGCGUCGCGAGUUGUUGGUGAAAGAUAAACAUACACCACCUUACGUGUGCUAAGACAAUAAAAUAAAACAUUAAAUGGUCGACAGGACAGCACGAUGAUUUAAGCGCGAACGUUUCAUGAUCGAUCCACUUUCGGCUUUGGGAAAAGCUACUGUUGACAACACUUAACUAAAAACCAAAAUAAUAAAUAAAAAUCAUAAUCAACUAAAAGUAAAACAAAGUUAAACUGUUCCUUAAUCUACAAACAUGAAUAAUAUAUCUGAACAGUGACAUAUUCUGAAUGUGGUUAUUAGGAUUAUCAAUUGAUUAAGUCUAGUAGCAAGUUUCAAGUCAGAGUUUUAAGGAAAGAGUUGUCUAAAUGUUAAAGACAAAUCAAACUCUGAACCGACUAGGUAUCAAGUCUUUCUGUUUCCGAGGUUUCCUUUGCCAUAUACAUUCACUACUCGUUUAAAUGUCAAGUUAUAUUCGAGGUUUGGUGAAACUACACAUGAACCUAUAUAACAUCCGUGUGGGCCGACUUAAGAGACAUGGAGCAGUGUGUGUGCUGUUACCAACCAAUCAGUGAAGGUUAUUAGCAAGGGGUUAACCAAUAUUCUGUAUUGGUAUUAAUACAUUGCAAAUAAAAACAUUCAAUUUUAGUUUAGAUACAAAAUUUUGUUAACGUUAUAAUGAAAUUAAAAUGUCGAAACUUUUUUGUUUGGCACUUCAUGUUCAUCUAAGUUUAUAUUAAAUUAUUAUUAUUAUUAUUAUGCUAGUUGAGGGUAAGCUCUGUUCUUCUAAACAAUUUGUUACUAACUAUUCUCACUUUUUUAUGUCUAUAUAAUGUUUAUAUAAACCACAAUUUGAAUACAAAAUACAUUUUACUAUAUUAAAAAAUGAUAAAGGAAUUUCUGAAAGUUAUAUGAACAUUUUGUAUUAAAAAGAAACCUUUAAUAAAUUUUCAAUUUUUUUUAAAGAAAAAUUAAAUAAGUGCUUUGUUAAAGAAUACUAGUAUUUACACAACCUUCUACUGCAAUAAUAACAAGAUAUUCUCUUAGGAUACAAGUAAUUCAACAUGUGCUGAACUAACAAAUCUAGUAUAUAGUACUUCUUAAUAAAUGCUCUAGCAUGUAGUAUGAAUGAGAAGCAAAUAAUCACAUGUAAAAACUGUUCUUUUGUCACCUUGGUGUAAUUCUAAAGUGAAAGUGUCUUGUAAACAUAAAUUCUAAAAUGUAUAUUAUGUCUAUACAUAACUUGAUAGUCUGCAGUAAAGUGUAAUAUAAACAUGUCUUAAAAUAUACAUUGAGAUGCAUAGCAGCAGGUAAAAUAGUCAUAUACCUUAAAGUAUUGUUAUUAUCCAGUGUGUGCCUAAGAAGACUGCAACACAUUUUUCUCUUUUAAGCAGAUAAGAGAGAGAAUUUUACCAUCUAGUGAGGUAUAUUUAUUUUGUUAACAAUAUUAAAACAGAACAAUAGAUGCAUCUAGAGUAAAUUUAAGAUUAUGCUACUUGUUGGAAUGUACGGUAAAAAACUAAAAAUUUAUCAGGAUAUUUGUGUUUCAACAAGACAUGCCUUCAAUAAAAAUAAUGUAGCUGUAAAACAAGAAUUAACAUAAUGGGUGUCUGUGAGAAAAAAGAUUUAGUAUAAAUAAUUUUAUAUAAAAUUGUUUUAGGUACAGGAAUUGUUUGCAAAUUUAUAAGAGUAAUAAUAUCAAACCUUUUAUCCAUAUAUGUAAAAUAGAAUGUUGGUAUGUAUGAUGAUAAACUCAGACACAGUUUGACUGAUCGCCAUGAAAGUUGGCACAUGUUUUUGUCAUGGAGAAGGUUUUUACGCUGUUCAUUUUUAUGUAACUCGCCGCUAGAUGGCGCUGCAGUGCAUCAACAUCUAAACGUUCAACCGAUCGCCAUGGGUAAACAGAAAAUCAUAGAUCACAGACAUACAAACAGCAAUUGUGUGUCAUUUCUCUAUGUCUGCCACACUGUCAUAUAGCGCUAUCCAUUUUGCUUUAACUCGCGGACAAUAUAUUGCCGUGUUCAGCAGCUAGUAUAAUAUAAAACUCAUGGUUAUAUUACAGAUGUGCAAAACAUAAGUUUUAAAGGUCAUAAUUUAACACUAUAUUUCACUCUCACUUGGUACAAAGAUUUAAAUUAUGUUGCGUUGACCCUGAGGCAAUACCCCACUGCAAAAUUGUUACCAAGUCAGUGCUGACACUGGUUAAGACUAGGAAAAUUCUUAACAAUUCCUUACACCUUAUUGCCACAUAACUUUAUCUUCCAACUACUAUAAGCUUGUUCAUAAAAAGUUACAUGAAAGAAUGCUUAUGUCACAAUUACUUUCUCCAUUUGAAAUUUUUUAUAGAUGAUAAUAAUAAUAAUAAUAAUAAUAAUAUAAAAAGCAAGUUCUGUAAAGAAAAUUACACUGUUAGUAUUAUCCACUUUUACAUUGGAUAGUCAAUGACAUCACACCCAUUCC